AUGUUUUCCACUAACAAGGUCGCUAUGACCGUCACGGCAACAUGGCUCACCAUGGCGCAAGCAGCCUCCAAUGCUACGACUCCAAUGCAGAUCCAUCUUGCCUAUGCUGGAGCAACUGGGAUGAUGCUCUCCAAGCCCACAGUCUACUAUGGAACUCAGCAGGAUGACCUUCGCGAGAAUGCCAGCUCCAACGUGUCCGUGACCUACCAGACGUCGACGACAUACAACAACCACGUUCAGCUUGAGGGACUGCGUCCAAACACUGUCUAUUACUAUAACUUGAUUGGAAGCAACACUACCUCGCCAUACAACUUCACCACCCCACGACCCGCUGGCGACCACACUCCUUUCGUUGCUGCAGUCGUCGUCGAUCUUGGUACCAUGGGCUCAGAUGGUCUGACCACGACCGUUGGCAAAGGAGCUGCCAACCCUCUUGCACCCGGCGAGCGCAACACCAUUCAGAGUCUGCAGGACUUCCAGCAUACUUAUGACUUUCUCAUGCAUGCUGGAGAUAUUGCCUACGCCGACUACUGGUUGAAGGAAGAAAUUCAAGGAUUCUUGCCCAACACUACGAUAGCUGGAGGUGCAGCAGUGUAUGAGCGUAUCUUGAACGAGUUCUACGAUGAAAUGGCUCCAAUCACACGCAACAAGGCUUACAUGGUCGGGCCAGGCAACCAUGAAGCUAACUGUGACAAUGGUGGCACGACUGACAAGACCAAGAACAUCUCGUACACUGUCGACAUCUGUAUGCCUGGUCAGACAAACUUCACGGGCUACAGGAACCACUUCCGCAUGCCGUCGGCUCAUUCUGGCGGCCUGGAGAGCUUCUGGUAUAGUUACGAUGUGGGAAUGGCGCACUUCAUCCAACUUGAUACCGAGACAGAUCUCGGACAUGGCUUCAUCUCGCCAGACGAGCCUGGCGGGAGUGAGAUGGAAGAUUCUGGCCCUUUCUCCAACAUCAAAAAUGCACAGACGAACUGGCUGUCAGCAGACUUGGCAGCAGUCGAUCGUGCCAAGACACCAUGGGUCAUCGUCGCUGGACAUCGACCGUGGUACAUCAACUACGCCAAUAAGAGCUCAGCCGUCUGCUGGGAGUGCAAAGACGUCUUCGAGCCCAUCUUUCUCAACUACUCGGUCGAUCUGGUUCUGAGUGGGCACGUUCAUGCCUAUCAGCGAAAUGCGCCUAUGUACGAUAGCAAGGUCGACCCGAACGAGCUCAACAACCCAACAUUCCCCUGGUAUAUUACCAACGGAGCCGCUGGUCACUACGAUGGUCUUGAUACUCUUACUCGGCCUUUCAUGAACUACUCUCGUUACGCGGAAGAUUCGACAUACGGAUGGUCGAGGUUGAGCUUCCACAACGCCACGCAUCUGACUCAAGACUUUAUCGCGUCUGGAAACAACUCUGUGAUGGACUCUGCUACGUUGUACAAGGAGCACAAGACCUCAUCUGAUGGUUAUGGCAAUGGUCACCACGGCAAACCACCACAGGGAUCCCACUGGUCAGGACCGACCUGGCAGGGUCCGCCUGGCUGGUGGUUGUGA